AUGGUGUUGGGGCUGCGGACGCCCCUCCUGGGGCUGGCAGGGCUGCUGUGGCUGUGUGUCCCGCCAUGGGCUCAGGGUGGAAAAGUACUGGUGGUGCCUGUGGAAGGCAGCCACUGGCUCAGCAUGCUGAAUGUGCUGCAAGAGCUCCACGCGCGAGGCCACCAGACUGUGGUACUUGCACCAGACGUGAGCAUCCACGUCAAAGGAGAGGAAUAUUUCACCUUGAAGACCUAUGCCACUUCUUAUACCCAGGAGGAAUUUCAAGACAUCUUUCGGCGACACAAUGAAAUGAUCUUUCAAAGACUGCAUUUCUUGAAGAUUAUCCUGGAAAAUAAAGAGAACCUGAAAAAUGCAGCUAGGUUCUAUCACCAGUUAUGCUCAGAGCUGCUGCACAACAAAAGCCUGAUCAGGCACCUCAAUGACAGCUCUUUUGACGUGGUUUUAACAGACCCCAUGAUUCCCUGUGGAGCACUGCUUGCUAAGUACCUGUCGAUUCCUACUGUGUUCUUCUUGAAUGGCAUUCCUUGUGACCUGGACUUCGAGGCCACACAAUGUCCCCACCCCUCCUCAUAUAUUCCCAGGCUCAUGACAAUGAACUCAGACCACAUGACCUUCCUGCAAAGGGUCAAGAACAUGCUCUACCCUCUGGGCAUGAAGUACUUUUGCCAUAUUUCUUAUGAUGCAUUCCCAAGCCUUGCAUCUGAGCUUUUUCAGAGAGAUGUGUCCUUGGUGGACAUCUUUAGCCAUGCAUCUGUGUGGCUGUUCCGAGGAGACUUUGUGCUGGACUACCCUAGGCCCAUCAUGCCCAACAUGGUCUUCAUUGGGGGCAUCAACUGUGCCAACAGGAAGCCUCUCUCUCAGGUAGUAUGGCUGCCUUUAUCUCUCCAAUAUCUUGCGAUGUGCAAAUGCUUGUUCAUGUCUCCGUCUUUCCAGUUAUCUCCAUCUCUCAUUCUUGUUGAAGUCUUCAGUAGUAGAAAUUGUUUUGGUGCCCUAAGAGGAGUGAGAAGGAGGGAGCCUUGUAAUAGAAUUGGCCAGCAAUAAUGAGACUCCAAGUCUCUCCAUGUGUUUGCCGCCAUCUUCUUGGAUGUAUGACUCAGUGCCUCUGUGCAGGUGCAGUGCAACUGAGGUGUGAACUGACCCAUAUGAUUAGUUCCUAGGGAGGGGAGUGGUGACUUGUGGAUUCUUGGCAGAAGGAAAAACAUAAAAGUCAAUUGCAAUACGAUUGUGAUCAUUUUCCGUAAUCCCCUAUUGGAAAGGAUAGAAAUAUGAGCAAAGCCACCUGAACUCUCCAAGGCCAUGGUCGCUUCAGAAGCACAGAAAUGAGCUGAUCACAAGAGAGACAAGGAGGAUAUUGUUUUUGUGUUAGGAGAAUGAAACCUCUGAGUCCUGCUUCCUCUGAUGCAGCACUGUUGGCAGCAGGAUUUUUGUGUAGAAGUUUGUUUCUGGGCCAUGAUGAGGGGACAUAGCAGAGUUGUGUGUCGGUGAUGGCUG